AUGGCUUUACCAAAAGAGUUACCACUAUAUAUCGUUGGAGCUCUUAUUAUUAUCUUUGGCAUCAUACAUCUAGGUGUUGGCAUUGGUAUUACUGCCGGGUAUUCUAAAUACAGUGACGUAACUCGACAAUCAGUAGGCUUAUCAAUAUUCAAUAUUAUUGUUGGUCUUUAUGCUAUGGCAGUUGGAAUACUAUCGCUGGUUGCUGUUACAAUAAAACUCUAUCAUAUAGUUCGACCUGCUGCUAUCUGUUCACUUGUGCUAGGUAUAGUUGCAUUGGCGUCACUUAUUGCUGCAUUAGCUCUUAAUUCUCAAGCAAUUGGUUAUGUAAGAUCACGUUUAUCAUAUCGUCUAUAUUCAUAUGCUUCAAUCGAUGGUUCCCAGGGUGUUAUGGAUACGAUUCAAACAAAUUAUCAUUGUUGUGGUGAAAAUUUAUGGCUUGAUUGGGCAACUGUUUCAUUAUCUGUUCCAACUGUACCAGUGGUCACCUCAGGCAUUGGCAAGAAACGUCGUCGUCGUAGUGAUCAUGAACAAUCGUAUGCAGAACAAAGUCCAUUGUUACAAGGUGUUCGUCAAAGACGACAAGCAACAACAGUAAACUCUGGUUCAUAUAAUUUACCUUCCGGUUAUAGUAUUAAUUUACCGUACUCUUGCUGUAAGACUGGAGGAAUAGGAAAUUCGGGUAAUUCGAUCGGUGGAACUUGUGUGUACAGUUCUAGCAACAAUACAAAUAGCUUUUAUGUGGGCGGAUGUUUAGCACCUGUUUCCAAUGAUGUUGUUGUUCAAAUAACAGGCAUAGCUGUUAUUAAUGUCGUUUUGACUAUUCUUGCUUUUGUA